AGCUGACUGAACCUCGGCUGCCGGUGGCCGUUGCAAUUCAGUUCAUAGCACUCUGCGGCGCGAGGCAGGCGCCGUAAAUUGAGCAAUCAACCGACCACCCGUCGAGAGCCCGGGAAAAAUAAUGCUAAACUUGCCCAUAUCAAGCAAUUGUAGAUUUGCCAAAUAGAUUAACUACUGCAAAUUGACUUGACAACAUGACGAAUGGCGUAUCCACGGACAGCGGCGAGCAUGAAUCGUCGGCCAGUGGGAAAAUGCAUUCAGCGCAGGCCCCCAAUAAUGGGCAUAAUGAUGCCGAGGCGGAGCAGUAUCUGGAGCACCUGCUGAAGGACGGCAGCCAGGAGGGCGAUAGCGGGUCUGAGUUGGAGCUUCCGCCAUGGUUCGAUGAGCAGCUGUUCAAGCGCGCUCAAGGGUACUUUAGCACAUAUCGCUUCGUGAUGAAUGCGGGGAUGCUGGCCGGGCUGAUUUCCGUUCUAGCCGUGCCCUCGAUUCUCCGAGUACUUGCCUGCACGCGACAAUCUUCAACUGCAUUCACAGCUUAUCGAAGAUACGUACGCACUAUUUUCCAUACCCAAUCCUGGUACAAUAAUUCCGUGGCGGACAGAAAGAGCAAGUUUUGGACCAGCAUCGCGGCUGUUAGACAGGCCCAUGCCCGCUCUAGUCAUGCGUGUGCCAGGCGUGGAGCCGGGCAGAUCACGCAGAAGGACCUGGCCCUGACCCAGUUUGGAUUCAUUGGCUUCAUAACCCUUGGAGCUCAUCGCAUACAGCUGUACGAUAAUGAUUUCCUAGAGGCCACAACCCAUAUGUGGAGAGUUCUGGGCUAUUUACUGGGCAUCAAGGAUGAGUACAACAUCUGCGGUCGGAACUGGGCCGAGUCCAAGACCCGCCUGGACAUAGUUAUGCGAAAAGUUUACGAGCCAGCGCUGGAGCACACAACUGAGGAGUUUUAUCGGAUGACAGAGGCCCUUAUCCAGGGACUGUGGCACGUCAACACAAUGCUCUCAGUUGGGGCUAAUAUCUUCUUCACCAAGCGACUGGCCUGUGUAAAGGGCUACGAGUACUACAGUUUCGACCAUCGGGUCGGGGAGAAGCGGGAUCCACAGCAGAGAUUGUACUACUACGAUUUGAAGCUAUGGGAUCGGCUGAUCGUCAGCUACGGGCUGUUUAUUGUCACCUUUCUGCACAAGUAUGCCAUUGUGCGGUGGUAUUUGAACUUUCGCGUGUGGCUGGUGGAUCUGCUCACGUACUAUUUGCCCUACAUUGCCAUUUGGAAGUUUGGCGUCAAGUCCGCCUACGUGCGAAUCUUUCGAAAGGGAGGUGAGGCACAGGAGUUUAGUUUGGGUUUCAAAGAUGAUUAGUCAAGCCAUUUUUUGUUUGUUUGUUGGUGUCCAAUAGCUAAUAGGUAAAUUAUUAAUAAAUGCGCAAUAUAAUUGUGCCUACACGGGUAUA